AUGGCGCUGUCGAGCGUCGGCUUGGUGUCCGUACAAGCAGCACAGAACGGUGAGCAGCAAGCGGGCAGCGCGAAAACAGAGAAGUCAGAGAAGUCGCAGUGUGCCUGCCCUGAGGACAACAAGCAGUCGUCGGGCGCGGAAGAUGAGCAGGGACAACAAGCGGAUGACGAAUGGACGACAGGGAAGGGUGUGGCUGGCGAGGGCGAGCCGCGAGAGUCCACCGAACACGGCAACGUGCAGCGCGACCACCGCGAGCACUCAGGGCCAAUGCCCUCCGUGCAGGCACGGCCGACGGACAGACGGCGGGCGGACGAGUGGAUGAGGGGGCGGGAGAGUGAGCGGGCGGGCGGGAAGUCAAACGGGUGA